GCACGCUUCAAAAUCGUAUAAACAAUUCUAUUUAGUCAGUUAAAAAUCAAGACUAAAACCAUUCAGACCUCAUUACCUUUUCCUUUUUUCGUGUAACGCGAACAAUCUCAUAUCAAAUUCACAAUGUGUCAAUGGCCAUGUUAUCCAGCAGCCUGCUUAGGAUCAUGCGGCGGUUGUGGUCCAAGUGGAUUCUAUGAUCCCAGUUUUGGACCCUUCAACGGACCUUUCAACAGCCGCUGUGGGCCGUGCUGUCCUGCGAUUUGGAGAGGUGCCUGGUGCUAACACCUUAUGGUCAAUCCAACCAAACGAAACUGUUUACAUUGUGAUUGUUAUGAUAGUUUCGCUUACAGAAGAAAUUCAGGGAAAACAAUUGUCUUAUUUUACAUCCUCAGUAACUAUACUUAUUAAAUAAAUAAACAACA